AAAAAAAACCUAGACAAUUGUUUGAGUAUUUUUUUGAGAUGAUAUUUUCAUCAACCUGUUUGGUAUAGUCUGCUCAGGUGUUUCAAACAGAUGUAAAUAAUACUGACCUAUAUCACAAAAAUUUCAUCUGGCAGCAUCCACAAAUGGCGUCACAUUAAACAUCACCAAGCUUCCCCAAAAAAUAAAAAAAUAUACACAUAGAUUAGUCCAAAGUUUGGUCCAAGUUUAAUAAUAAUACAAUAAAAUUUCUUCAUCUCUUCAAUAUUAUAAAAUCUCUUUUAUAAAUUAAAACAAAAAAAAAUAAUAAUAAUUAGUUAAUUAAUUUAAGCUGUGUUAUUAUUUUAAAAAAUGACAAAUUUAAAAGUUUUUAAUUAAUCAGUGAUGAUAAAUUUAAUAAUAUAUGAGUUGUUUAUAAUUUUAUUCGUGAAAUGUUUGUCAGUUGAUUGAAAAAUAAUAUAUUAAUUAUGAAAAUUUGGUGGUGUUCAUGGGCAAUUGCCCAUCAUCCAUAUGUCAUAUUAUCAUCAGUGUUUAUAUUUUCAUCAACAUGUCUUAUUUUACCAUUUAUAACAACAAAUUUUCCUGAUUUUUCAACUCCCCAAUUGGGUUUUGAAGCACGUGGAACAGAUUUAGCUGGACGAAUAAUAUCUUGGGAUAAUUUAAUGUUAGCAACUGGUGCAAAAGGUGAUUUAACAGACAAUCCUAUUGAAUAUUAUAAUUAUCUUGUUGAAUCAACAAGUCAAAAUACAACAGAACCAUUUAAUUUGACUAAAAAAAUACCAGGUGUUAUUCGUAAAAAGCCUAAGAAUAAAAAAAAAUUUAAUAAACAUACAACAACAACAACGUCAACAACAACGACAUCAAUAAUAAUAAAUAAUAGUAAUGACAAUGAUGAGGAUGACGAUGACGGUGACGAUGAUGAUGAUGAAAAAACAAAUAAUAUUGAAAAUAGUGAUCAGUGGGAAGAGUUGAUAAAAUUAAACAACAAAAAUACAAUUGUAAAUAUAAAUGAGCAUAAAACAAAUCAUCUUGAUGAUGUAUAUUUUUGUAAUUCACCAAAUAGUAAUUAUGCAAGAGUUGUCAUUGGUACAGAUAAUGAUGAUAAAAAUUUAUGGUCAUUAGAGGGUGUAUUAGCACAGUGUCAUAUUGAUGCAAUGUUACGUAAAAAUAAAUAUUUUACAUUAAAUUGUGAAAGAAAAUUAAAUAAACAUGAUAAUGAUGAUGGUAAAUGUUGCAACAGUUGGUCACCAGCAAAUUAUGUUGCAUUUUUAUCAAAUCGUACAUCAUGCCUUGGUGUAACUGAUACAGAUUUAUUAAAAAUUGAAGAAUUAUUAAAACGUUGUUCAUAUUAUUAUCGUAAUAAUCAUUUAACAUCAGAUUGUGCUGAAGAUUUAAAUUGUCGUAAACAAGUACCACCAGAAUGUUGGACACACAAUGCACCAUAUCAUUUAUUACAUUAUUUACUUGAUACAAAUUUUAUAUCACGUAAUACACAAAUAAAUGCAUCAAAUUCAACAUUAAAAUAUGCUAUGAUUAUGCUACCAAUAGCAGCAAGUUCAAAAACACUUGAUUUUUAUAAUAACAUUGAUGAUAAUGCUGAUUUAUCAUAUGGUAAUAUUAAAGUAUUAGCCAUGGAAUUUGGAUUAAAAAGUACUUUAUUUGAUCGUUUAUUAAUUGCUGAUUCAUUUUUAUUAAUAUUUGGUUUUUUAUUUGUAACAAUUUGUAUAUGGAUAUAUACUGGUUCAAUAAUAUUAACAAUAUCAACAAUAAUGGCUGUUAUAUUUAGUCUUGGUAUAUCAUAUUGUGUUUAUACAAUUGUACUUGAUAUUAAAUUUUUUCCAUUUAUGAAUCUUCUUGCUGUUGUUGUUGCUGUUGGUAUUGGAUCAGAUGAUGCAUUUAUAUUUUGCAAAGUAUGGGAAAUACAAAAAAAAAAAUAUAUUAAAAAUAAUAAUAAUAGCAUUGGCUUGACACGUCUUGUACAAGAAACAUUAAAACAUGCUGUACCAUCAAUGCUUGUAACAUCAUUAACAACAGCUGUUGCAUUUUUUGCAUCAAUUGUUAGUAAUGUUACGGCAAUUAAUUGUUUUAGUUUAUUUUCUGGUAUGACUGUUAUUGCUAAUUUUUUUUUAAUGAUAACAUGGCUACCAGCAAGUAUUGUUGUUGCUGAAAAAUUAAAAUUUAAUAUAUUAUCACCAGCAAAUAUUAUUGUUAGAAAAUUUAUAAAACCAAAUAAAUUAUUAAUUGAAAAAUCAUCAAUAUAUUUUGGUAAAAUAUUAAGUAAUAUUGUUAUUAAAUUACGAUGGUUAUGGUUAUUAUUAUUUGGUGGAACAACAAUAUUAUUUGGUUUUAUUGUAUUUAAAUAUCCUGGUUUACGUUUACCAGAUACUCCAAAUUUUCAAUAUUUUGAUAAAAAUCAUAAAUUUGAAAAAUACGAUUUACAAUAUGGAAAAAAUUUUUAUUUUGAACGAAUUGAAUUUGGUAAUGAUGGUCCAUUAUUACCAUUACGUUUUGUAUGGGGUAUUAAACCAAUUGACAAUGGUUAUUUUUUAGAUCCAUCAUCAAGAGGAACAAUUGAAUAUGAUCCAACAUUUGAUAUAACAAAUAAAAAAUCACAAAUGUGGUUACAACAAUUUUGUCAAAAUUUAAGAACACAGCCAUUUUAUCAUGACACAAUAGGUUUAUUAAUACCAAAUUGUUUUAUUGAAUCAUUUCGUACAUGGAUGAAACGUAGAUGUGAAAAUAUUAUGGAUCCAAAUUCAACACAUGCACCAUGUUGUGAAUCAAGUAGUUAUCCAUAUUCACCAUCUGUAUUUCGUAAAUGUGUUGCUGAAGCAUCACUUGAUCUUUAUAGAACACCAAGUGAUUUAUGGAAACGUAAUGGUGUUUAUGGUGGUAUUAAAUAUCUCAAACAAUCACCAAUUUUUAAUAAUACAAUAAAUACAACAAUUCCAACAAUGCCAUUACCAAAAAUAAUGGCAUUAAUUGUUGAAUAUGAUAGUAAUUAUUCAAUGACAUUAUCAUUUACUGAAAUGAAUCAAUUUUAUAAACAAGUUGAAAAAUGGAUGAAUCAACAAUUACGUACAGCACCAAGUGGUAUGAAAAAUGGUUGGUUUGUUAGUCCUCUUGAUUUUUAUGAGCUACAAAAAACUCUUUAUGAAGGUACAAUAUAUGCAUUUGUUAUGUCAAUGAUAUUAGCAUUUAUUGUAUUAACACUUGUAACACUUAAUUUAUUAGUUAGUUUUUAUGCAAUAUUAUCAAUUGGUGGUGCAAUACUUGUAACUGUUGGUACACUUGUUUUACUUGGUUGGCGUUUAAAUGUACUUGAAAGUGUUGUUGUAUCAACAGCAAUUGGUCUUGCUGUUGAUUUUAGUUUACAUUAUGGUGUUGCAUAUCGUGUUUGUCAUAGUAAAUGUAAAAUAAAACGUGUUAAAUUAUCAUUGGGACAAAUGGGUGGACCAACGCUAAUGGCUGCAAUAACAAGUGGUGUUUCUGGUGCACUUAUGUUGCCAUCACAAGUAUUGCCAUAUAUACAAAUUGCAAUAUUUAUGAUACUUGUUAUGGCAAUAAGUUGGUUAUAUGCAACAUUUUUUUUCUGCCCAUUAUUAUCAGUUAUUGGUCCAUCAACAAAAUUUGCACAAUUUCAUUAUCCAAAUAUACAAAAUAUAUGUCGUUGUUUUAAUAUUAAAUGGGGCAAUGCUGGUGUUGUUCAUGAUAAUGAUGAUGACGAUGAUAAUGAAGAUGAAGAUGAUGAUAAUAAUAAUCACAAUGAAGAUGAGGAUGAUGAUGACGAAGAUGAUAAUGGUGAUGGUUGUAGUAGUAGUAAUAAAAUUAACUGGAGAAAAGGUAAUGGACGUAGUGGCAAUAUGUUUUCUGAAUCAACAUUGAGUACAUCAAGUACUGUUUGUCAAAUGCACUGUACUGAUAUUGAUAUACUUGGAACAAAUAAUAGACUUAUUGAAUCAAUACCACCAUCACCAAGCUCACCAUUAAUAUAUAUUGAAAAAAACCAGACUGAUAACACAAAUAAUCGACGUAAAUAAAAUCAUUUUUUCAUGAAAAAAAAAAAACAAAUUAAAAACUCAACAAUCUUGACAAUGAAAAUGUAAUAUUAAUUUUGUAAAAAAUAAUUAAUUGUAUAUUAUUUUUUUAAUAAGUACUUAAUUUAAUUUUUAUUUUUAUAUAUAAAUUUUUAUUUUUUUUCAAAUAAUUGAUUAGAUGAAAAAAUGUGCCAAUUUAAUGUUAUUAAUAUUUUUGAUUAAAUAUUUAAUUUGCACUUUUUUUUAAAAAGAUAAUUUAACUGUUAAUUAAAUGAUAUUAAUAUUAAUGAUGAAUGCUAUAUCGACGCAAUGAUGGCUGUAAUUUGAUGUUAAAAAAAAAACAAAUCAUAUUGAAAUUUAUUCUCGUUAUAAAUAAUUAUUGUAACAACUUGUAUUGUAAUAUUUACAGACUGAUAUUUAAAUAAAUAAUUAAUAAUAA